UACAAAAUGUCUGUACAAAUGUCGGAAAUGUCUAAAACCUAUCAAUACCGCAAAGUGAUGAAACCCAUGUUGGAGCGCAAACGUCGUGCUCGCAUUAAUAAAUGCCUAGAUGAAUUGAAAGACUUAAUGGUAGCCACUUUGGAAUCGGAGGGAGAACAUGUUACCCGCUUGGAAAAAGCCGAUAUCUUAGAGUUGACUGUUUCGCAUUUGCAAAAAAUGAAACAACAACGCAAAUUAAGCAGUUCCAGCGGCAAUACCACCAUGAAUCAGGCCGAAGGUUUUCGUUCCGGUUAUAUACAUGCUGUUAAUGAGGUCUCCAAAUCCCUAUCGGAACUACCAGGUGUUAAUGUUAACUUGGGCACUCAACUAAUGACACAUUUGGGUCAGCGCCUCAAUCAAUUGCAGCCACCUGUUAAACCAGCUUUACCCAUUACCAGCCCCUUGUCUGUGCAAAUUGGUGCUCCCAAUUUCAGAGGUCAAUAUUCAGUACCCAUUUCACCGGUAUCCAGUUAUUCCACCAGCCCUAACUCCAGUAUUGGCAGUGAAAAACAAGCUACUUCCCAACUCUUAACCACCUGUCCUUCUACUCCCAUUGAUGUCACCAGUAUCGAUGUGGAAAUUGAAGAUGAGGAAAAUGUUUGGCGUCCUUGGUAAUUCAAAGCGCAAACUCAGCUGUUAGUAAAGAGUCUCUGCACCCUUUAGUUCAAAAUGUCUUCCAAAAUCGGCUUUCAUGCU